AUGUUGUCACGACCAGCCUAUCAAUCUCGAGGAGUAUAUGCAUCCCGAGCAGGACCAAGACGCUUUGCACCUACACCACCAACUGUGUCGCAGAAAUCACGUUUACCUCUUAUUGUUGCGACCAUUUGUUGCAUUCUUGUUAUCAUAAUUGUCGUCGUAUUAGGGCUUGGUCUUGGUCUUGGUCUUGGUCUUGGUCUUCGGAAUACAGGAGUAAGUAUAAAAACGAAAAUAUAUCAGCUUCUUUAAUUGUUUUCAUAAUGUGAGACGUGGCCAAUUCCGUACAGUAGUCGCGGGACAUAAUCAAACGAAAUAAGGUUAAAUUUCAAACGCAAUCAUAGCAGGAACAUGUAACAGUGAACUAACGUAUCUCACACGGCAAUUAACUGAAUUGAAUGAAUCGUGAUUGAAUUGUUCAAUGUGAUUGUGUACACGUCCGUAUGUUGUCGUCAUAAGGCUAAAAAAGUAUAUUGUCAAAUGAGCGAGUACGCUCAGGAUUUAUAACGUGAACAAUGCCGAGGAUGGCAUAGUGGUUCUAUGCAUCUGACUAUUAGUCAGACAUCAGAAGGUUCGAUUCCUUCCCUCGGCAUGGUAUGUGACCUCGAUUUUAAAUAUAAAAGAUAUACGGUGAUGGA